GACAGUCAAGCAUUUACACUUUUCAUUUUCCCAAGCAUAUAUCUGAAUAAUUUUUAUAUACGUUUUUUUUGCCUUUUCUAUCUUAUUAAUAGAUGGCGGGUUUAAGUAAGGCUGUGUUGUCGAAGCAUCCAAGCAAGAGUAUUGCCAGCCGACGCAUUCACAGAGAGGGCCGUAUAACUGCUAAAAAAGAGUCUAAGGGUAUUGCAUCCGGUGCGAAACGACAAUAUCGUUGGAGACCCGGCACUGUUGCUCUUCGUGAAGUCCGUCGUUAUCAAGCUUCUACGGACCUCCUCAUUUCUCGCGCCCCUUUUCGUCGCCUCGUGCGCGAGAUUGUUGCUAACCUGAAGGAUUCCAUUCGUGUUCGCAGUUCUGCGUUGGAGGCUGUGCAGGAAGCCACAGAAAGCUACAUUGUAAAUCUGCUAAAUGAUGCUAAUCUGUGCACCAUCCACGCAAAGCGUGUGACUCUGUUUCCGAGGGAUCUUCAGCUAGCCAUGCGGCUGCGUGGUGACCGCGCCUGACGGCCACAAACAUACAGAUUUUUUUUUGCAUAGCUUUAGCAGUAUCAAUUUUACUACAUUUGUGUCGUAUGCUUGCUGUAGAUGGGAACUGUGUAAAGAAUGUAUGAGUAAAUUGGGUAGUUUGAUUUUUCCUUUAUAUAUAUUAAAUAAUGAGUGAUGUGGAGAAUGCUUAUUAUUACGCGAGCGAUUCUACAAUAGAGACGAUGUGAUGACUGUAUGUUCUUUAAGAUGAUUAUAUUGGAAAAACGAAGAGAUGGGUAAAUAUUUAUAUGAUUUUGUUUACACUAAAUACACGCACACCUUGCGAGCGGACAUAUCUCUAGAGGUGCAGUGUGAGGUGUAUGGGGUAACCCCCCCCCAAAAAACGCAAUCUUCAGGUCACACUAAGGAUUUUGCUCAAAUGCUUACUGGUUUGGCUUUUUUCUUCUUUUCUAUAGAG